UCAACUUUAGUUUAUUACUUGUUAACAAUUAGAAGAAGAGAAUGAAAAUGUGGAAAAGUAUUUUGAUUUUCAUCUUCAAUUUGUGUCUUAUAGUUAAAGCAAAUAAUGAAAAUGAAAGAAAGUCAUAUAUUGUGUAUAUGGGAGAACUUCCAAAGGACACCAGCUUCUUGCUUGACAAUCACCAUAACCUUCUCAAACAAGCAUUUGGAGAUAGAGGACUAGCAAGAGAAUCAAGGGUACUACACAGUUAUGGAAGAAGUUUUAAUGCAUUCGUGGCAAGAUUAUUGCCGGGAGAAGCAGACGUUCUAUCUCGUAGAGAAGACGUUAUUUCAGUGUUUCCAAACACAAUUCGACAACUUCGUACAACAAGAUCAUGGGAUUUUCUUGGCAUGCCUAAGAAUGUUAAAAGAAUACCACAAGUUGAAAGUGAUAUUAUUGUAGGUGUUAUUGAUACAGGAAUAUGGAUUGAAUCACCAAGUUUCAAUGAUGAAGGCUUUGGGCCUCCACCUUCCAAAUGGAAAGGCAAAUGUGACAAGGGCGUCAACUUCACUAAAUGCAACAACAAAGUGAUCGGAGCACAAUACUUCAAUCUUGAAAACAUAGCGCCAACUGAUCGAAUGACACCAGCCGAUUUCGAUGGCCAUGGCACCCACACAGCUUCCACAGUUGCUGGAAUAUCCGUCCCUGGCGCCAGCUUAUACGGUUUAGCCAAAGGCACAGCGCGCGGAGGAGUCCCGUCCGCGCGCAUUGCUACUUAUAAAGCAUGUUGGGAAAUUGGCUGCACAGACAGUGACAUCUUAGCAGCAUUUGAUGCAGCAAUUGCUGAUGGCGUCGACGUUAUUUCCUUGUCCGUUGGAGGAGCCGCGCGCGAUUUCUUCGACGAUACAAUAGCUAUUGGAGCAUUCCAUGCGCUAAAGAAAGGGAUAUUAACAUCUUGUGCUGGUGGAAAUGAUGGUCCUACUCUGCAAACCAUAGAAAAUGUUGCACCUUGGAUUUUUACUGUGGCUGCUAGUAGCAUUGAUAGACAGUUUGAAACUGAUGCUAUGUUGGGUAAUGGAGUCCAAAUUUCUGGACUUUCAAUCAACACAUUUGAACCGACGAAAAAAUGGUUUCCCUUAACCUCGGGAUCUCUUGCUGAAGCAAAGAAUGCAUCUGAUCAUGGAAAUUCAAGUUCUUGUGAUAUUGGAACUUUGGAGGAGAGCAAAGUGAAAGGGAAGAUAGUAUAUUGCCUUGGAAGUAGUGGACAAGAUUACACCAUCAAAGACUUGAAAGGAGCUGGUGCCAUUAUAUUAGCUGAUAGGAUGACAGAUACUGCAUUUUCCACUGUUAUAUCAGCAACAUCUAUCAAUCCUAAAGAUGCUUCACAAAUUGAGAAGUACAUAUAUUCUGCAAAAUCACCACAAGCUGUGAUAUACAAAUCAAGAACUGUGAACAUCACUGCACCAUUUGUGGCUUCUUUCUCAUCUCGAGGACCCCAACCAAUCAGUCUCAACAUUCUCAAGCCUGAUAUUGCUGCACCAGGAUUGAGCAUCUUGGCUGCAUAUUCAGGAUUGACUACUCUCACUGGAAAUAAUGAAGACAACCGCGUCGUGAAAUAUAACGUAGAAUCAGGCACGUCGAUGGCUUGCCCCCAUGCUGCAGCAGCCACAGCCUAUGUUAAAUCCUUCCAUCCCGACUGGUCUCCUGCUGCUAUCAAGUCCGCUCUUAUGACUACAGCUAAAUCUAUGAAGAUUAGGCCAGUGGGAGCUGAAUUAGCCUCAGGUGCAGGGCAAAUAAAUCCCAGAAAGGCAAUUAACCCUGGUUUAAUCUAUGACCUUGAUUUUGACUCAUACAUAAGUUAUUUUUGUAAAGAAGGGUAUAACAGCACAAACAUUGCCUUACUCACUGGAAGCAAAAAGUACAACUGCUCAAGCGUUCCGAAAGCGAAAGGAACAGAUGGUCUGAACUAUCCUUCAAUGCACCUACAACUUAACCAUGCAAAUUCAAGUGAUAUUUCUGCAGUAUAUUAUAGAACUGUAACUUAUGUUGGCCGAGGCAAAGCUGUGUACAAGGCGAAAAUCAGGGCGCCAAAGGGACUUUCUAUAACAGUUGUGCCAAAGAUUUUGUCAUUCAGUCAAGUGAAUGAGAAGAAGUCUUUUAGAGUUAUAUUGAAGGGGAAAUUCAUUAGAGAAAGAUCUUGGUUCCUUUCUGGUUCUUUAGUUUGGAGUGGCAAGAAACCUAAUGUUAAAAGUCCUAUCCUAGUUUACAGGCCAUUGUUUGUUAAUACUUAUUAAAGCUAGAUGUUAUUCAAUAAAUACAUUUUGCCAUA